CUUUGCUACAACAGUCUUGAUCCGGUCAGCUGCGGAGUCAGACCUGAAAAUUUCAAAAUAGAAGCAGAAAAUUAGUUUUGGUGGAAGUAAACGGAAAAAUCAUUGAUUAUAAAUAAUUUAAAUUAUGGAAUGAAAAGAGAAUGAUAAAAAUUUAGAAAAGAUAAAAUUUUGUGCAAAAUACGUGUGAAUUAUAGUAUUUUUUGUUCAGUUAAAAUAUUGAAAGCAGCAAAUUUGAUUACUUUAAAGAGAAGGCUACAAUAACACUGAUGUGAUUUAUUAAGAUGAAACGAAGAGCAGAUGAAGUUCAGUUUGGAGCUCGAACUCCACAACGAAUAUGCACCACACAACAUAGUACUGUGGUUGGUCCCAAUAUUCAAUAUCAUAUUGGUUCCGGUGUUUUAAAAACUAAUUCAUCAGAAACUACGAAUAUUGGCGGACCAGGACCGAAUAUACAAACGCCAACCGUUCAAUACACAUCUUAUUCUCAAAGUCAGACAAUACCAAGUGUGAAAACAAACAUAGGAACAAGCAAUACGGGCACAACGAUUCAUGUAGUUAAUUCAAAUAUAAGUGCGUCAAGCAACACAAUCAGACACAAAAACGUACAAGCUCAACAACAGGCCCAACCAGUACAACAGCAACAGGUGACACCACCCCCAAAUAUUCAAUCAAAUAUGGGUAAGCUUGAAAUAAAUCGAAAAACAUCAUAUGUUUAUCUCAUAAACUUAAUCAUAUAUCGAAUUAUUCAAUGAUGAUAGUGGAUAUCA